AUGGCGCGGGCCAAUCAACCGACAUAUGAUUUUCUAUCAGGAGGUGAUAUGGCCCCUCCUCCUCCACCAAUGCGACAAUCCUUCCGCGACACCAUGAAGCAAUCCACCACCACAUCCCGCGCCGAUGUCAGCACCGAGGAUCUUCGCGCACAGCUUCGCACCGUGCAAUAUGAACUUGAUUCGAUGAAGCAGGAUCGCGAAUUGAAUGAUUUGCAUCAGCAGCAGGAAUUGCGGGAGGCGCAGAAUCGUGCGGAAGCGGAUUAUAAACGGGCUGUUGCGGCGGAGAGUGCGGCGAGUGUUGCUGCGAAGAAAGUGGAGGGUUUGGCGAGGGAUUAUCAGGAAGUUCAGGAUCGGGCGGCGAAUGAGAAGAGUUUGUUGGAGAGUAAGAUUCGAUCUUUGCAGGAUGACAAUCGGUCUUUGAGGGAUGAUUUGGAGGAAGCGAGGGCGGAUUUGGAGUCGCAGCAACGGCAGGGGAAGUAUGAGUUUGGUGAGCUGGAACAGAAAUAUGCGGCGCUGCAGGCGUCCGUGGAGGACAUUCAGCAGGAUUUGACGGGCAAGGUUACUGCACUUCAGACUACACAGCAGAAGCUUGUUCGAAAGGAGGCGGAGGUGGGACAAUUGGAGAAUGAGGUGUUGAAGUUGAAGGCACAGUCUGGAGAUUCGGACACUCUUGCUGUUAUCAAGAAGGAGCUCACAGAACAAGUGGCGUAUGUGAAGAAGUUGGAAGCUAUGAACAGGGAGCAGACUGCAGAGAUCAAGCAGUUCAGAAAGGUGCAGAAGGGGGUUGAGGUGGUUGAGGAGGAGAAGCAUGCAUUGGAGGUGAAAGUGCGGAUGAUGGAAGAUUUGAGGAGGGAACUUGCAGAGUCACAGCUUCAGCGACGAAUCCUGGAAGAUGAGAAGCUAGGCUGGGCGAGUUAUCUCGAGAGUGAGGCACCUGGAGAGGAGGAUCUACGGUACGACACACCCGAGCAGAUGGUCAAGGCCUUGCUGAAGGAGCGUCUGGAGAAGCUUGAGCUACUGGACAAGCUCGGCAAUGUUCAGCCUGAACUAACUGUGCGAGACGAGAACAUCCGGAGUUUGGAAGAGCAGAAAGACAACCUAGUCGCUGAGCUGGAACAAUUAAGAGCAGCUUCUGCCAACAGCAACGGUGCCUCGGCGAGCGACGCAAAGGCUAAAGCUCGUCUUGAACGACAGAAGAAUCUGCUUGUGAAAGAGGUUGAGUAUCUGCGUGCACAGAUGAAGACUUUCGAAGCUGAAGAAGCAGAGUUCACGCCUGAGCAAGUUGACGAAGAGCGGGUCAAACGCGAGCACCAGCUUCAAGGGAUGAUCGAACAGUAUCGAUCGGAAGUGGAGACGCUCCGAGGCGAUUUGUCCAAGGUCGAAAUGCAACCACCAAUGCAAUCGCCUAGAAAGCGUGCUCGAGAAGACGACGACGAUGAAGGCGCGAAUGAGCGUCUGGGUGAGAUGCGUCGUAAGACCCGCACGCUCCAGAACGAGCUCGAGAAGUUGCAUAGCCAAAAUCAACUCCUCGAGGCGGAGCUCAAAGUCAGUGUUUCGCAAGUUACCAAACUCAAGGAAUCCUCACGCACCCGUGUGCUUGAGUUGCGCAACAACCCUACUGCAGACGCGGAGGCUGUCAAGCUCGCCACUCUUCGAACUCUGCGAGAGGAGAACGAAGCGCUCCUUUCCCAGCUGGAAGGCAGGAGUGGCGGCACCAAAGUCGUACCCAUCAGCACAUUGGACAACGUCCGCCAACAACUCGAUGAAUACAAACUCCAAAUUGGCAAAAUGGAGAAGAAGGAGCUCCGUCUCAAGCAAAUCUGGACGGCCAAGUCUCUCGAAUUCCGCGAAGCCGUCUGUAGUAUUCUAGGUUGGAGGCUAGAUUUCAUGCCGAAUGGAAGGGUGAAGGCGACGAGUAUCUUGUAUCCCACGAGUUGGAACAACGGGGAAGAAGAGGAGAAUAGUAUCGUGUUUGAUGGGGRGAAUGGAACGAUGAAAAUCAGUGGGGGGCCCAAGAGUGCUUUUGCGGGGGAGUUGAAGGGGAACAUUGAUUUUUGGGUCGAGGGCAGAAAGGAGAUUCCGUGCUUUUUGGCGGCUUGUACGUUGGAGUUUUAUGAGAGGACUACGAGGGCCGCGAGGGGUUGA